AUGGACUUCUCAGCGAAGAGGGAGGUGGAAGAGGGCAUGGAAGAGGGAGUGCAUGAAUCGGAAAGGAUGUAUGAAUCGGAAGGGCUGGUGUAUGAAUUGGGAUCGGAACCUAACUUAGCCGAAAAUUCCUCUGGUUUGAACAUAUCGGCUGUUUAUAAAGAUGAGACAGAAGCAUAUGAAUGUUUUUGCACUUAUGCUCAUGAUAAUGGUUUUAGUGUCCGAAAGGAUCAUCACAGUUUUUGGCCAAAUUCUAGAAAGAUAAAAUCGAAGGACUUUGUUUGUUCAAAAGCUGGUUUCAAGAAAAGUGAUGAUCAUAAUUCAGGAAAGAGAAAGAGAUUCACUAGACCAGUUGUCAGAACUGGUUGUCCAGCCAUGGUGAGGUUUGUCACAGAUGAAGAUGGUUACUGGCAUGUCAAAAGAUUUAUUGAAUCCCACAACCAUGAAUUAGCUAGCCCAGCCGAUCGACACCUUUUAAGAUCAUGUAGGAAUAUCAGAAUAAUGGAAAACAGUUCAACUGUGUAG